AUGGGCCCCGGUCUCCGGCAAUUCUGGCAGCAUCCUCUCCACAUCCGACUUAUCCAGGCCUCCCACGAGCCGACCGGCUUAUGGGACACAACAAAGCUACCAGGACUUCUAUCCAUAGUGUUCGACCCGACUUCGGGUGCCUGUUGUAACGCUGAACCUCUCGAGCGUGCCAAUGGCAGUCUUCUUGCCGGCCAAUCACGGCUGUCUAAACCGACCAAUCCUCUUCAAGGCAUGCUCUCGCUUGCCACUACCAAUCGGGACGUCGCUACCGCGGCUACGGAUGUAUGCCCUCUUGUGGAUGACAAAUUCUUCUAG